UCGUAUGUUUGUGUUCCCUGAAGAACUUUAUCACCCGACCACUGCAUCUUAUAGAUUAGCUAUUAUUUUGAAACGUGGGAUUAUAAUUAAUAUAAAACAUUUGUGUGUGUUUAUCUCACGACCAAAACGUGGAAAACGUUGAUUAAUACUGAUGUAUCAACAUUUACAGGACCUCACUUCUGCAAUUGAUGAUGAGUUACUGUUGAGUAUCGGGGAUUAUAAUAAUUCAAUUGAGGAGACUAAUAUUUCUCAAUAACAUAUUAAUAUUGUAUCAUAAAAAAUGUCACUGGUUACAUUAUGGACACGAGUUGUUAUUGUUCUAGGAGUAUUUUGUCAUAUGACAGUUGCUGUUUCUUCUUCCGUACCAACCAUCACCACAACACCUACUAGUCCUUCCAUAUCGUCUUCAUCGGCAAAUACUAUAUCGUCGGCUGUGUCAUCGACAGUACCAUCCACAACAACAUCUAAAAACCUGCCUACUUCUACUCCUCCUACUUCUUCUAUAACUAUUACUUCUGAUUCAAUAACAGCAAAUUCCAUGUCUACAUCGAUGAUUUCUCUGACGUCCGCAACAACUUCUUUAAAUGCAACGAUAGCAUUAAUUACUACGGCAGAUGCGGCGACUACAACACAAACAUCAACAUCAACAGCAUUAUCCAAUAAAUCAACUACAGUGACACCAAACGAACCCAACCAGACAUCUCCCCAAUCUCUAACCUCGCCUAAUAACGGAUCUCAGUCAGCUUCGACACAACCAUACUCAAAUAAUACACCAUCGGAAUCCGCAACAACAUCAACUUCAACGUCGCCAGUUACGGAGAAACAACAGCAGAUUUAUUAUGAUAGAGAACUUGCGAUCAUUUUCGGUGUUGCGUGCGGAGUCAUGCUUAUAAUCAUUGCGGGAACGUGCAUUCACCGUAUGCGAAGUAAGAAGGGGCAACAACGGUUUUUCGUUGGAGGAGAUGGUAUUGAAAUACAAUCAUCGCAAUUUUAGUUUGCUCAGUGUGUACAGAUGGAUUUGUGUCUGCUUUUACCUUAUCGUCAUAACUAUUACUGCUAUAAACGUACAAACAAGUUGGUAUCUGUCAUUUUUUUUUACAAUUGGUAAGCCACUUCAAAGGAGUCAAUUAACAUUUUCUGUUUCAAGUCAAAGACUUUGUCGUGAUCUGUUUGUAUAUAGAUAUCAUACUAUUACUCCAACUCUGGCUCAUCGAAAAUGCUGUUGUGAAGAUGCAAGUUGAUAAGAGCGAGGGAGAGAAUAUCUUGGUGUUUUUACAUUGAAUUAUCAUAGGGUGUAAUCACGUGACGAUCACAAUAGCGACGUCAGUGCCAAUACUAUAUAUAUAAAUAUAAAUAUUUUCCUCUCGACUUUACUCUACGUUAUUUUAGCGGGAGCUGUUAUGUUGUGAUCCCGCUAAGAAAUUUCGUAACGAUUAAAGUCGAGAUUUAGGGCCAAUAUUAAGACGAAAUAAACCCCAAAAACGUUUUUACUGAUAUGGCUGGACAGUUGGCGGCAUUUAAAAAAAUUAACAUAAGUAAUAAAGGGUAUAAAACUGCGAAACAUUUCUGUUUCGGCACGGACGUCGCCAUCUUGCCUUCCUUUAGAUCAUCACGUGAUUACCUCCUCUGAUUAUGUCUAUACAUGUUUAAUAUGUUAGGGUGACAUGACUCUAAUUAGCGGUUCAUGACAUCCUAAGGUCGAAAUCCAAUGUGUCGGCUCACACAGUUUGGUUUAGUUUAAAUUGUGACUCUGUGUAAGAAAAUGAAAUUUAUUAAUGGACUUCAAAUAACAUCGAGGCGAUGUGCAAAUGCAUAGCCGUUUGUAUAUAUAUUAAAUGACUGUUAUAAUAAGUGUUAGUUUUGGCGCGAUUUAAUAUGAAAAUUAUGCAUGCUUGUCAUUGUAAAUAAACUUCAUAUUUUUCCUGAGUUGCGACCGCUUGCAUUGCUGUGUUUAUCGCUGAAUACGCGUUUUAUUUCUCGCCUAACUUUCGUGGUAGAAUGUGAAUAUAUGAACGCAGUUUGUAUCAAUCUAUUUAAAGUUGUAAUGCUGGGUGUACUGCAUUAUAAUUAUGUUUUUUUGAGAUUGUAAAAUGAUUCACAACUAACAAUUACUGUUAUUUAAUAUAUUUAUUUUACUAGUAGAUCAUGUAAACAUAUGUAUAUAUAGCCCCCAUAGAUUGUGUUGAUGUAAACUAAAUUUGUGUUAACAAAAAAUUGAUUAAUAAAAUUUACCUAAAAUG